AUGGCUGAAUCAAGUCCUGCUAACUCACCUAGUCAAAGUAGAAGACAAAGCGGCGAUAAUGAUUACCUUGUAAGUCCGGUAACCCCCGUGUCACCUAGCACGACACAUUCCAUCUUGUCACAUCUGUUGAAGAAAGACAGCCGCGAAAGGGAGCCUUUAAUCAAGAGACACAAAUCUAAAGAUUAUAAUUCCACAACCAAUAACAGUUCAGCAACAUUAACAGAUCCAGAAUUAGGUAGUGAUCAAGAACCUACACAUCCUUUGGAUAACCAGCGAAAAGGUCCUAAAGAGUUUUGUCAGAUCAAAAAUAAACUUUCAGAUCCACAAAGCUGGAUUACAUGUUUCACACAGCCAAUUGGUUAUAUACCUGCAGUCAUCCUAGGUCUACUGCUCAAUCUAUUGGAUGCUAUCUCUUACGGUAUGAUCACUUUUCCUCUAAACAAUCCUAUAUUUGCUUCGUUUGGUCCCGAAGGCAUAUCCAUGUUCUUUGUCAGUUGUAUCAUUUCUCAGAUUGUGUAUUCAUGUGGCGGAAGUGCAUUUAAGGGAGGAAAUGGAAGUAUGAUGAUUGAAGUUGUUCCAUUUUUACACAUCAUAGCCGAGAAAAUUGUGUCAGUUGCUGGACAAGAUAAUCCCACCGUAGUUAUACCCUCAACAUUGGUUGCCUUUGCACUCAGUAGUAUCAUGACAGGUCUGGCGUUUUUUUUGCUGGGUGCAUUGAAAUUGGGUUCAUUGAUUGGUUUCUUUCCUCGUCACAUCUUGGUCGGUACAAUUGGUGGUGUCGGUUGGUUCUUGGUUGCAACAGGUAUUGAAGUUUCAGGGAGACUAGAAAGUAGUAUUGAGUACACCAUUCCAAUGUUCAGAAAGGUCUUUAUGGAUUUUCAUGUGCUUUCAUUAUGGUCCUCCGCAUUGGCUGUCGCAAUUUUGCUGAGAAUAAUUCAACACCGUAUUGCAUCUCCAAUGGUGGUACCUGUAUUUUUUAUGGUGUUACCAAUUGCCUUUUAUAUCUUUGUGUUUAUAUUCGGUUUGGACGUGCAGGCAGUAAGAGAUGCAGGAUGGAUUUUCCCGUUAGUUGAAAACAAUACACCUUUUUGGCAUUUCUAUACCUAUUACAAUUUCAAAUUGGUGGAUUGGAAAGCAGUUGCUGAGACUAUCCCUGCUAUGCUGGCAUUAACCUUUUUUGGUGUUUUGCAUGUCCCAAUCAACGUACCUGCCUUGGGUGUCUCUACAAAUAAAGACGAUGUCGAUGUAAAUAGAGAAUUAGUUGCUCAUGGUAUUUCAAAUGCCGUUUCAGGUUUAUUUGGUUCUGUUCAAAAUUAUCUUGUAUAUACAAACUCCUUGCUUUUUAUUCGUUCGGGUGGAGAUAGCAGAGUAGCAGGUUUGAUGUUGGCAGGUGCAACGGCCAUUCUUUGGAUGGUUGGCCCGUGGAUUGUUGGAUAUAUUCCCGUCAUGGUCGUUGGUAGUUUAAUUUUCCAUCUCGGUUUGGACUUGCUUAAAGAGGCCCUUGUCGAUACUUGGAACUCUGUGCAUUAUCUCGAAUACAUUACGAUAUGUGCCAUUAUUGCUUGUAUGGCUGCAUUGGGCUUUGUUGAAGGUAUCUUAGUUGGUAUUAUCAUGGCUUGCGUUUUUUUCGUUGUCCAAAAUGCACGCCGAAGUGAAGCUAUCAGGGCCACCUAUACUGGUCAAUAUAUGAGAUCUACUGUCCGAAGAUUAUAUCGUCAAGAAAAAUUCUUAAAAGAAGUAGGCGGACAAAUUCAGGUUGUAAAACUACAGGGUUACCUCUUUUUUGGAACCAUUGACCAGGUGGAGCGUGCGAUUCGUGAAAUGUUGGACGAACAUGAAUGGGAUAAACACCCGAUCCGAUUCUUGAUCCUUGAUCUCCAGCUUGUACAGGGUUUGGAUUUCAGUGCCGCCGAGGCCUUUGUUCGUAUUCGUCGCUUAUUGCGUGCUCGUCAGGUCUACAUGAUUGUGUGUAAUGUUGCGCGCAAAUCAGAUGAGGAAAAAGCCUUGAUGAAGGCAGGUAUUUGGGUUGAUCAUGCUCAGCAACACGAUGAAGGCGAUCUCAAAUGCUUUGAAUAUAUCAAUGAUGCUCUCGAAUGGUGUGAAAAUGUUUUAUUAACUACCUUUUUCGAAAAGAAACCGAACCAUCUGCAAGUUUUAUCCGGGACUCCUGCUGCCAGUGUACCUAUAACAAAUAAACCAUAUUCCUUCUCGGAUAGAUUAGCAUCUGCCGGGUCUCCUCGUCAUCAUAUGGUGACAAAUGCAAUUCAUCAUGUAUUUAGUGAAGCCCACUCGCCUAUUGUUCACAGUAACACUACUCAGCCUACACUUAUCCUUGUCCAAGCAUUUGGUGAGAUUGGCCAAGGCAAUGUCCAAAUCGAAUUUUUCCAUAAGUUAAGCAAAUACUUUGAAAGAACUACAUGUGACAAAGACCAUACAAUUUAUCGUGAAGGAGAUCCAUGUGAAUAUCUUCUUGUGCUCGAGCAAGGAUCAUUACGCAGCCUAAUGCACGUCUUGAAGGAACAGGUGACAGUGGAAACAAUAUUGCCAGGCACAGUGGUUGGAGAAAUGGGUAUGUUUAUCGGUAGUCGUAUCCGUACACGAUCAUUACUCGCAGAACAAGAUUCUGUUUAUUGGAAAUUGACACGCGAAUCAUUUGACCGAAUGUGUAAAGAUGACGCCGAGAUGGCCAAUCAGUUCAUUCUGUUGACCUUAUACUUCUCUUCUGAAAGAUUGGAUACCAUGACAAGAUACGCCUUCCAUUUGCAUUAA